AUGAGUGACACCAUCAGCUUUGAUGCCACAACAAAGGAGCAUCAGCUGCCGUUUGAAUUUGGUGCGGAUUAUUCUCCCAACGUUUCCUACCACUUUAAUGCUGAUGUUUCACAAUUUCACUAUGGUGUGAAGCAUCCAAUGAAACCCUUUCGCUUAAUGCUCACAGACCAUCUGGUAUCGUCAUAUGGACUGCACAAGAUAAUGGACCUUUACGAAACACGACCAGCUACCAGAGAUGAGCUGCUUGAAUUUCACUCUAAAGACUACGUUGAGUUUCUGUCUAAAGUUACACCCGAUACCAUCGCUAAAAUGCCUCGAGGAUCCCUUGAAAAGUUUAACAUCGGUGAUGAUUGCCCAAUAUUCCAGGGCCUGUACGAUUAUUCGACUCUAUAUGCCGGUGCUUCGUUGGAUGCUACUCGCAAACUGAUAAACGGGCAGUCCGAGAUAGCCAUAAACUGGUCUGGAGGGUUACAUCACGCAAAAAAGGGCAACCCAUCCGGGUUUUGUUAUGUUAAUGAUAUUGUUCUCAGUAUAAUUAAUUUACUUCGGUAUCAUCCUAGAGUUCUCUAUAUUGAUAUCGAUUUGCAUCAUGGCGAUGGUGUUCAGGAAGCAUUUUACACAACAGAUCGAGUGUUUACAGUUUCUUUCCAUAAAUACAAUGGAGAGUUUUUCCCAGGAACAGGCAAUCUAGAUGAGAUAGGAUGCUCAAGAGGGAAACAUUUUGCAUUAAAUGUCCCACUGGAUGACGGUAUCGAUGAUGAAUCCUAUAUCAAUUUAUUCAAGAGCAUAAUCGAUCCUCUCAUUAGCUCCUAUAGACCUACUGUGAUAAUUCAGCAAUGUGGGGCGGAUUCGCUAGGGCAUGAUAGGCUUGGCUGUUUCAAUCUUAAUGUCAAGGCGCAUGGUGAAUGCGUAAAAUUUGUGAAAUCAUUUGGUCUGCCGAUGUUGGUAUUAGGAGGUGGUGGUUACACACCUCGAAAUGUCUCGCGUGUUUGGACUUAUGAGACAGGUGUCCUAAAUGGUGUUCUACUGCCGAAAGAUAUUCCAGAAAAUAUACCUUUUAGAGACUGGUUUGGCCCCGAUUUUUCUCUGCACCCAGUGUUAGACGAGUUAUAUGAGAACAAGAAUACUAAAAAGUUCUUAGAAAACGUAAGAAUCAGAUGUUUGGAAAAUAUACGCUACCUUCAAGGGGCUCCAAGUGUUAGAAUGGAUUCGGAAAUAAUUCCGACUCAAGAUGUCAGUGCAUUAACCCAAGAAGAGGAACUCGCAAUCAGAGAACUGAAUGAAGAAAAUGACCGAUAUAGACGACUACAGAUGGAGAAGGAAAAUUUCAAAAUUGGCGAGCUAUACUAA